CGGGCCGGGCUGGGCCGGGCCGAGCCGGAGGCGGCCGGGAGGAUGAAGCGGCGGAGCGCGGACUGCAGCAAACUGCGGCGGCCGCUCAAACGGAACCGCAUCACCGAGGGCAUCUACGGCAGUACCUUUCUGUACCUGAAGUUCCUGGUGGUGUGGGCCCUGGUACUGCUGGCAGAUUUUGUCCUGGAGUUCAGGUUUGAGUACCUGUGGCCAUUCUGGCUCUUUAUCAGGAGCGUUUACGACUCCUUCAGAUACCAGGGCUUGGCCUUUUCAGUAUUUUUUGUUUGUGUAGCAUUCACAUCCAAUAUAAUCUGUCUGCUCUUCAUACCAAUCCAAUGGCUGUUUUUUGCUGCCAGCACCUAUGUUUGGGUGCAGUAUGUCUGGCACACAGAGAGGGGGGUGUGCUUACCAACAGUAUCACUCUGGAUACUUUUUGUUUAUAUUGAAGCAGCCAUUAGAUUUAAAGACUUAAAAAACUUCCACGUGGACCUCUGUCGUCCCUUUGCAGCACACUGUAUUGGGUACCCUGUUGUGACUUUGGGCUUUGGCUUUAAGAGUUAUGUCAGCUACAAAAUGCGCCUAAGGAAACAAAAAGAAGUGCAGAAAGAGAAUGAAUUCUACAUGCAGCUCCUGCAGCAAGCACUGCCCCCGGAGCAGCAGAUGCUACAAAGGCAAGAGAGGGAGGCAGAGGAAGCAGCCAAAGGAUUAUCUGAGAUGGAUUCCUCGAUGCUUUUGCAACACAAUGGAGGCAUUCCAGCCAACAAGAAAUUGUCUGCAACGUUGCCAGAGCUGGAAUACAGAGAAAAAGGGAAAGAGAAGGACAAGGAUGCGAAGAAACACAACCUUGGGAUAAACAACAACAUUUUGCAACCUGUAGACUCUAAAAUCCAGGAGAUUGAGUAUAUGGAGAACCAUAUCAAUAGCAAAAGGUUGAAUAAUGACCUGGUGGGAAGUACAGAAAACCUCUUGAAAGAGGACUCAUGCACUGCCUCCUCCAAGAACUACAAAAACGCCAGCGGGGUGGUGAACUCCUCCCCCCGCAGCCACAGCGCCACCAACGGCAGCAUCCCCUCCUCCUCUGCUAAAAACGAGAAGAAGCAGAAGUGUGCCAGCAAGAGCCCCAGCACACACAAGGACUUAAUGGAGAACUGUAUUCCCAACAACCAGCUGAGCAAACCAGACGCCCUGGUGAGGUUGGAACAAGACAUCAAAAAGCUAAAGGCUGACCUGCAGGCCAGCAGGCAGAUCGAGCAGGAGCUGCGCAGCCAGAUCAGCUCUCUGAGCAGCACAGAGCGGGGAGUGCGAGCCGAGAUGGGCCAGCUGCGGCAGGAGAACGAGCUGCUGCAGAACAAGUUGCACAACGCUGUGCAGAUGAAGCAGAAAGACAAGCAGAUGAUCAGCCAGCUGGAGAAGAAGCUGAAGGCAGAGCAGGAGGCACGAGCCUUUGUAGAAAAGCAGUUCAUGGAGGAGAAGAAGAGGAAGAAGUUGGAAGAAGCAACUGCCGCGCGCGCUGUGGCCUUUGCCGCUGCUACCAGAGGAGAAUGUACUGAAACUUUACGAAGUCGUAUCCGAGAGCUGGAGACAGAGUGCAAGAAGCUGACAAUUGACAUAAAGCUGAAAGAAGAUCAGAUAAGAGAGCUAGAAAUGAAAGUUCAGGAGCUGAGGAAGUACAAGGAAAACGAGAAGGAUACAGAGGUGUUAAUGUCAGCACUUUCAGCCAUGCAGGAUAAAACACAGCACUUAGAGAACAGCCUGAGUGCAGAGACCAGAAUCAAGCUGGAUCUGUUCUCUGCAUUAGGAGAUGCAAAACGGCAGCUUGAGAUUGCCCAAGGGCAAAUCCUUCAGAAAGAUCAGGAAAUCAAGGAGCUGAAACAGAAGAUUGCAGAAGUGAUGGCAGUGAUGCCCAGCAUCACCUACACCGCAGCCACCAGCACUCUGAGCCCUGUUUCCCCACACUACUCUUCCAAAUUCGUGGAGACCAGCCCUUCUGGACUCGACCCCAAUGCCUCUGUCUACCAGCCCCUGAAGAAGUGAGCUGAGCUGAGCUGAAUGCCAACUUUUCUUUUGGUUUUUUUUCCUGCCCAGUAACUUUGUCCUGCUGAAGGCAUCCCCCAGGAGUGUCUCUUGCAGUCGAGAUGAAAUUGUAUCGUGUGAGACCUGUCUUUUGUUGUCAUCUCCACCCAACAACAGCUGGGGUUCACCAGAGCUGCCCCCAUCAGGCUUUUUGGGGUUGGUUUUGGGUUUUUUUGGUUUGUUUUUCUGUUUCCUUGUCAAUUUUUAGCUGAACCUCACAGAACUUUGCAAUUUCUUUUCCUCGGCCAAUGCAUUCAGAACAAGAAUUCUUAUUUUUUUGGGUUUCCAAGUAGCCAAUUUUGCCUUUUUAUGUAUUUUUUGCAUGGUUUCCUCUUGAGAAAAAAAAAAAAAACAAAACAACAGCAAAAAGAAACAACAAGAAAAUAAAAACCCCACAAGGCUUUGCUUGAUUUUGAACCCUUUCUUCUGCUUUAGUUUUGUUUUUCUUUCUGGUUUGAAUUUGCAGCCUGAAAGGGAGGAGGGGAGGCAAAAAAACCAAACCAAACCCACCAAACAAGAAGGAAACAAACCCAAACCCCCCCAAGUUUUAAUUCCCCCACUGAAAGGGUUAAACAAUCCAACAAAGCUUUGGCCUCUGGAUGGUAACCAAUAUGUGAGGGUGCAAGGAGAGAAAAUUUGAUUUCCAUUUUUUUUUACCCUUCAAAGGACCAAACAAAUUUCAGGGCUGGUGGGGAGGGGGAGGGGAAGGUGUUUUUAAAGGGAGAGAAUAAAAGCAAAGCACCGAGCUGCUGAGCUGCUGGUGCUUGUGGUGUGAGAUCUUGGUCUUCCCAGGGCUGUUUUGGUUUUGCUUUCUUAUUAUUUCUCUUUUUGCUUUCCUCCAGCCACUGAGAAUUGCUAAACAGUCUCAUUCACAGUGCCUUGGGAAAAGACAUUUCAAGAGGAAACUUGAGAGUUUAAAACUAUUUCCCUCCCCCCUACACGCACACACAGACACCACCCCCCCCUUCACUCUCAUCUGGCUUUUAUCUAUCAAGCUCAUUACAGAGCCUACUGCAAAACUCUACUUGGUGAUGCUGGAUGUUCCUUUCUAAAAGCAAGGUUCCACCUUCUGUUUGUCUGGAGAGGGAAAGCCUCAGCAGUGUUCUGUAACUUGCCUUGGUGGUUCUGCGUGGUGGAAGGCACAACCUGAGCAGAGGCAGCGGUGUGGAGGAGGAGCUGUGCAAUGUACUGUACACAAGAGACUGUAAAGCUGGCUGAAUAAAGCUGCAGUUCUGGGGCGUUUUUA